AUGGUAACAGUACCCACAUAUCUAACAUGUAAUGUCUUGGAAAAAGCAAAGGAUAUCUUGUUGUUAACCGUGGGUGUUUCGGGUGAUGAUCAAAGAUUGGAGCAAAUUCUGGUUGUGUGUGAGUUUCCGGAAGUGUUUCCCGAUGACAUUGAUGAAUUUGCACCCAACCGAGAGGUUGAAUUUGCUAUUGAGUUGACUGAAGAAGAGCACGCAGAACACUUGAGAACCGUGCUACAGAUACUAAAGGAAAAGAAACUCUAUGCGAAACUAUCUAAAUGUGAAUUCUGGAAGAAGGAGGUAAAGUUUCUGGGUCAUGUGGUGAGUAAGCAAGGGAUAGAAGUAGACCCAUCUAAGGUAGAGGCGGUAACGAAUUGGGGGCGACCAACCUCAGUUACUGAGAUAAGGAGUUUUAUGGGCUUGGCUGGCUAUUACCGAAGAUUCAUCAAGGGCUUUUCGCAAAUAGCUUUGCCAUUGACAAAGCUAACCCGCAAGGAUGCGCCAUUUAUUUGGACUCCUGAGUGUGAGGAAAGUUGA